UGUGUGACAAUCAUCCUUCUGCACUGUGUCUGUUGGGCAAUUACCUCAUGCUAAUCCUCAACUUUCUUCAUGGAAGAGGGAUGUUUGGAUAAAUCCCUCUGCCUUGCUACAGUCAUGUGACCUUUUGAUGUCACGAUGGGUAAAUAAAGGCUUCAAAGCAGUAGACAUUUCACAAACCACACGGAACAGGCAGUGAGGCAACAAGAUUGGAAGCCUUAAGAUUAGAAAAACAGCAAGCUGACCCGCUGCAAGUUAAAACAGCAAAAGAUGCAAAGUCAGGCUCCAAGUGACUCUUUUCACCAGUUUUUUGACGGUCGCGAUGAGCUGAAGGCAUUAUAUCCACUUUGCCAACAGCCUGUUUGGAGAUCGGAGUGUGCCAAUAAUGGGUCAUCCUCAUCUAAUCACCAGUCUUGGAAGGUCCGUUGUGGAUCUAACUACUUUGCCAAUGAAUUGGCAACAAGCAACCCAAAUGAAGACGCCAACCAACUUGCCUGUUCCUCAGCUGAAUUAUCUUCGUCUUUCAUUGACACCACAUCUUAUCGUUCACCCAUACUGACUACAUUAAUCGGGGGUUCCCAGACUAAAAGUAGAUUCCAACCUGCCUAUCCACAGUGUCUGCCAACUGAGAGCCAAUCUACCUAUUUUCAGGAUCAAUCAAUGUGGUCAGACGCGGCCUGCAUUCAAACACCUUUGGAGUUUGGCCCUUCUCAGAGAGGACCAAUGUGCUGGUACCAAAAGGCCCAGGCAACUGUCAAGAAUUUCCCAUCAUCCCCCAGUCCUACUUCUACAGGUGUGCAGCCUGGAACUCCAAGCUCGCUCGCCUCUUGGGCGACACCACCUCUGCUAAACCACAAGAGCUGGUCUGUUUCGGAGCAACUUCCUGGGCAGUCAGAUAAUGGGGUGGUUUUUGUGGCUCGGCCCACGGAGAAUUAUUGGAAUAACUGCCCAUGUGCCAAGUAUCCACAGGCUCCCGGAUCUUUUACGCGCCCUGCAAAUCAGCAAGCUUCGAACGUAGGCUAUUGCAAUUCAGGCCCAUUUCAUAACACGAGUACUAAAGCUUGCAAAGGGUCCACAGACGGACACAUGUUUGGGUUAAGCCAGCAGGGAGACAGAAUGCAGGCACUGCGUAGGGACAGUAUCUCAACUCUGCAGUCAUCAACUGGAAACCACUUAAUGAACCAUGGACGUGAAGCAAUGCUUAGCCACACUCCUAGCACGAUGUCAAGUGGAGAUGGACUUUGUACUCAGAUUCCCAGUCAAAACUGUUCAAAGGCCACUUCUGACCCGCCAGUAGCUCCUCAGUUCAACAGUUUUAGUCACAGAACGUCUGAAAAUCACCAGAUAGAUUGUGAAUCCACUUCCAGGGCACACAACCUUUCCAAUGUGUAUUCUCAAAAGAAGUCUCAACGUUCGCGGAAGAGGAGGAGUUACGAUGUACUGAGGUUUCUCGAAGAACUUACAUUUGGAGAGCUGAAGGCCUUGCUUUUCGCGUUUGAGGUUAUGGAUAAAAGGAAAAGAACAGCCCAGGCAAACUUACGGGCGAGCGAAGUAAAUGUGUCACCCCAGCAAAAUCCUGCAAUGGUGCAAUCCUGUCAGUUUGCAGCACAGAACAUAAAUUCUGCCAGUCAUGUGAACAGCAAGAAUCUGAGCAGCGCUUCAUCGUUGAGAGAUCAGUUAAUGUCAAACAGAAAUAUAGACAGCAAUUCUUUUUUUCCAAAACAAAGCGAGCAACAGAUUUUAUCUCCCUGUGUGCCAAACCACCACCAAUGCAAUUCAUUGAUAGAACGAACCAGUCUAUCUCUCCAAAGUCAUGAAGAGAAAAGCUCUGUUUGUCAAGAUAGUACAAUGUAUCCCCACAUCCACCAAGGGGCUUUAGGUGUUGAGUGUAACAUGCAAGAUUACUCACUUAACUGUUUAAACUCCAAGAAUCCAGAACCUUUAGGCUCUGGGUCUGUUGAUCCCAAUUAUUUUGGAUCAAACCAACAAGAUGAACCAUACAAUCAUUCAUUUCGGUCACUGGAUAUCUCCAGCACCUCAGACAUGAAUCGUACCAGUCCUCAGAUAAAUGCUUCUCAGCGUGAUGAACAACGUCGAAAAGAAAUCAAAGCCUUGUAUGAUAUGUUGCGAACUUCUUUCGGAAAUAAAAUGAAUGGAUAUUCAAAGCGUCAAAAGCUGGAAGGUCCUUCACAUCACGUUCAACCAGUUUCUUCUGAAUCAGGUCAAAUUAAUAUCACAUCGAACAGUGUCAUGCAGUCAGCUUAUGUCAACCAGUCUUCCCAAAGGGCUGAUUGCCAGGAUAUUUGGGAUACAAGUACAGACUUAGUGCCUAAUUUGCAGAACCCUGCAGGAGCACAACAAUUCAUGCAUGAUGCAUCUUCACCACUUGUUAAAUGGAAUGCGUCAAGCCCUUCCGCUUGCCUUCAUUCAAGAGUUCAACUCAGCCAAAGUGCAGAAGCCUCUCCUUCGCUUCACACCUUUGGCAAUGAGAAAGCUGCAGUUCUCCUCACACAAUCCGAAGUCAAAACUGAGGGGCCGUUCAUAUCACCCCUACAUACAACCUCAACGGUUCAAGAGAAGCCUGCAUCUUUCCCAAGUGCCACGAGAUCUCUGACAACAAAACCAGCUGAUAUGCUGAAUUCGCUGAGCUGUUCCAGCCAAGGAUCAGGGAGCCAGCAAACUGCGGACAAAGUGUGCGCCACAUCCUCUCCUCAUUGUGCACGAGCAGAUCGUACCAUAGAGAGCUACCUCAUCAACGAACACACUGCAACUUCAAAAAGCUUCCAAGAGAACUUGACUCUAGCAUUAAGAGCUGAAGAAUUCAGCAGAAUGCAAGAAGCUGCUGCUCAUGUGGGUGUCCACUUAUCAAAUGCAAUCUCAAAUGAUCAAAAGGGUGAUGUUUAUGUUCCACCUUCAGAGGGUUUCCCAGAACAACUCAUUGCCCAGCCUAUUGAAUCAUCUAAACUGUCCAGUGCUCCAUCAAAGCUAGUUGAUCUGCAUCAACAUCAGGCAGGACUCCAAUGUAAAGCCAGUAGUGAGGUACCUGCAGGAAUCCAUACAGAAAAUGGAUCUCCAUUUUCUGAUAUCUACACUACAAAUGGUAACAAGGUAAGUGAUGCAUCCCCAGAAAAAGUUGUUGAGGAGCUCAACUCAAUACCAAAUUCUCAGAGUGUUUCAACAAAGGAAUCGGACACCUUAGAAUUCAUUUUACGUUCUUUAGGUAUUAUUCCAGAAGACAAUGAAGGACCAAGUGUGGCAACUCUAACUUCCUUGUCUCCUGGUGUAACCAGUCCAGAGCAGAACAUAGUUCUCUCUUUGUCAAAUGAUCCAUCUGGUCCAGAAGUAAAGCAGAUGCAAGACUUAACUCUACCAUCGUUUAAUACAGCAAUAUCAAAUGAUAAGGAGCAAGUGUUUGCUUCAGUUGGUCCUGGUUCUACAGGGUCCAAGGAAACCAGAGGCUGGUCAGAUGUUCCUUUUAACCCUGGAGAAAGACAGCAGACUGCAAAGGUUCCUUUCGAGGAUGACAAAACCACUCCAGCACUCGUUAAACAAAAACCUGCUGAUGUAAACAGAUCGAUGUCUGUUUUUCAAGCAAACUGUCAAGUGAGGAGUGUUCAAAGUCCAUUGGUCAACAGAGCUCAGAGUGAGGAAGAGAACAGAUUGCAGGAAACUGAGCCUCCUAAUGUGGUGCACUACUCAGUUGGGGGCUCGGUUCCAGUGAACUCUGGGGACAAUCAGGAGGUCGAAGAAAAUUUAGCCAAUAAUCUCACUUGUGCCCCAACAGCACAUCAUCCACACGCACAUGUUGUGACUAAUGCUAUUAAAUUAGAAGGUGGUGUUGAAAGCAGCAAAGGGAAUAAUCCUUUGAUGAAUCUCCACACCUUAUCCAAAUUAAAUCAGUCCGUCUCCUCGGUUUUGCAUGCUUCAGCUCUGUUGGAUGAACCUCCAUUGAUUGCACACGUUGAAGAGAUGCAGGAAACUCUAUCUCUGCCUUCUGUAGGAGGUGAUGAUCAGCUCCUCCGUCUGCUAUCCUCACCCAGCAGCUCUCCCUGUGAGCUAUCGGCAUGUUCAACACCGUUAAUAAAGCCGGUUGCUGAUGCAUGUUGUGUGGGCUUGGUUGAAAACAGCAGACGUGCAUUGAGGAGUGACACAGAUAGUUCAUCUCCUCGGAAAGUGCCAGAAGAACCUGCACACUUAAGUACCAGUGCAUCCAAUCGAAGUGUAACGAGGAACAAGCACCAUGUAGCUGAUGGACCUUUUGAUCUGUGCAGAGGAUUGAGGAAGCAGCAAGACAUGAAGAGUGGGAUCUCUGGGACCAUGGAGAAUUCAAUUUCAAUGGUCUGCAGCUGCCAGGAGAAUCGAAAGCCAGGCAGUGAAGAAAACUCUGAAAAACCGGGGGUCUUCCCCAGGGCAGCGAAUGUCAAGAGCUCGGCAGGAACUGAAAACUCAUCAGCCCCUGUGUCAAGCAGCGUGGAUACCUGUGGCUCUCUGUCUGUGAUACGAGGUGUUCUAGCCUCAAGAAUCACACUUAAAUGUCGAAGACCAGCUCUGGCAAUUAAAGCUUUCCCUCAGAGCAGCAAUGGGGAAGUAAAGACUGUUGGGCAGACAUCACUUGCAGGUGGCUCCCUGCUCCGAGCAAAAGGCUGUAGAUCAGCGGCCAUUUCAAAAGGUGCUGGCACAGAUUUGCUCUCGGGGAUCAGGAUCAGCUUUGUAUUCUCACUGUCUGAAUACCAGGAGCACUGGAAAGUCAUAAAUGGUGCACACCUCAUUUCUAAUUCCUUGGUAACAGCAGGCCGCCAGCUCAAGCGAUCCUUCCUGAAAGUGAGCAAUUUUUCCACAAUGCAAAUAGGACAAGACCCGACAGAGAUGAAUGGACCAAUCGGGGCUGGAAUUGGAGCUGGUUCAAAUCUGGGCAGACAGGGAAACCUCAUUACGGACUCCCCUCACAGUCAGAGCAUUGUACCUUUUCUAAGUGAUUCUUUCGUCCAGCUGGCAAAUACAAAUAUCUUCAGCGCUGUGGCUAAACAUUCCGAUUGUGUUUACCAAUUUGAGGUAAAAUUGAAUCAAAACCUUGAGAGUUUUCAGCAUUGGGGCAAGCCAAAUGCAAUGGUUUGUGCAGACCUCUCCAAGUUACUGACUGGAAGUGGGUGCUGUACUGAAAGCCCAAGGGAGGCAAAUGAUACCGCAGGUCGACAAAGAGCAACAUCUGUUCUCUGUUGCUUCAAUUCCAAAGACUUGAUAACACAGGACCUUUUCAGCAAAAAUGAAUUCCGUAGUAUGGCUGAUUUGGAAACCACCACUGAGUCUAUUGUCCGCUUCUGGUGUCCAUCUGGGCAAGGUUCUGAACAGCACCAACAGGAGAUCAGGAAAGGAUUUGAUUUUAAGUCUAGUGUCGAAUGGCUUCACAGUGGAAUCGACCAGUACACUGUAGUCAGUGCCGCAGAAUCGAAUAGUAGCGUGCACGCAUCAAAUGCACACUACCUCCAGUUUGGGCUCACCGCAACGGUUGACAGGGAGCAACUUUAUCGAGAAAAAUCUCAGCCGAGAGAAUUAAGUAGCUGGUGCAGUGCAACAGGCUCUGUUGCGUUUGAAGAACCUGAGCAGUUAGAGAGUGUAUUGAGGUCCCAGCUGCUGACUGACCAGGACAGCAACGGCAGCUGGGAUGACAUUGCUUCACACAAUACAUCACUUGAAACCUACAGGCCAGAUGCUUCUCUCCAAAAUAGCAGUAGCCAAAUAACUCGACAAUAUGGGGACAAAGAGUUUGAGGCUAACAAUGUAGAGAUAACCGUACCAUCUGUGAGAAUGGACAGCAUAAGGAACAGACACACGAACAGCAAUGAUCGCAGUGAAGUCCAAAAUCAGGAUACACCAUAUCCUGAAGAUUCAACGCAACCUUUCAAUGGGCCAGAAAGUUGGAGCAAAUUUGAGCCUGGCGUGGACGACAGCAGCAAAAUAAAAAUUAAGCGAGUGGAUCACCAAGGACUCAAAACUGUUCUUUCUGAGUUGCCUAGUGCAACAUCAACAGCUUUGACCCACAGUCCAGCAUCUAAAUUGGUCGAUGAAACUUCUGAAGUGACAAGCCCAGGACCCUAUUGGAAAAUCUCUCAGGACUGUGGCAGUAGUCAUUUAGAUGUUGCACAUGAACAAAUGGAAAUCUCAGCAACAGACUGUUCUUCUGAUUCAGCCCAGUCUGAGCUGUCUCUUGGCAGAGUUGGCAGCACUCUGCAACACUAAUCCCUGCAGAUCAAAAACUCACCGUUUUGGCUACACAGAA